UGCUUGCGUUGGAAGCAAAAGGCUUCCAUUUUUAAAGAGAAAGGCACCGAGAAAGGCACUGUUAGGUUGUCGGGAAAAUUGGAGAAAAUGAAAGAAAAAAAAAAUUGAUGGAUUGUUCUCAAGGGAAAGAAAAUUUACAAUUGUGAUACCGAUUCUGUUCUUGCGCAAAUUUUCCUUAGUUUUGAGGUAGUUCGGUUGCAUAAGUUUGCUUCCUGAGAAAACGUAGGGAAAUAAAAGAAUUUGGAAUCUUAGGAUAGUGACUCAAAUGGAGUAUACUGGGGAGAUUAUGAUGCUGGUUUUUUUUUAUAGACCACGUUUGCUAGUUCUUCUGGGAGAAUUUCGGUGUGAAACCAGCCAUAAUGAUAAGGAGUGGUAUCCUCCUCAAGAAUUUUGGGGCAUUCCAGAAAUUCUCAUCAUCAUUUGUGCAGAGAUUUAGUGGUUCGCUUGUUAUGGGAGCUGUAGAAGAUAGAGUAAACAACAAAGCAGGCCGUUUACCGGGGGAAGCAAGGAGAAUUCUGCUAUCAUUGGCUUCUAGCUGGGACAAUGUAACUGAUUCAAAUGCAUUGCAGGUCAUCCCACUUAAAGGUGCAAUGACCAAUGAGGUCUACCAAAUCAAGUGGCCUACAAGCACAGGGGAAACCUCACGGAAAGUUCUGGUUAGAAUCUAUGGUGAGGGUGUGGAAGUUUUCUUUGACCGAGCCAGCGAGAUCCAGACAUUUGAGUUUAUUUCGAAGCAUGGGCAGGGUCCUCGGCUAUUAGGGCGAUUUCCAAAUGGCCGAAUUGAAGAGUUCAUUCAUGCAAGGACACUAUCAGCAGCUGAUCUGCAUGACCCAGAUAUAUCUGAUCUUAUUGCAAUCAAAAUGAAAGAGUUCCAUGAUCUUAAUAUGCCUGGUCCAAAGGAUGUUGUCCUUUGGGAUAGAAUGCGAGAUUGGCUCAGUGCAGCCAAAAACUUGUCAUCCCCAGAAGAAGCUAACACAUUUCAGUUGGAUGCUAUUGAGGAGGAAAUCUCUUUAUUGGAGAAGAAGCUUCCUGGAAAUCAUCUACAUAUAGGAUUUUGCCACAAUGAUUUACAAUAUGGUAACAUAAUGAUCGAUGAAGAGACUAGCUUAAUUACAAUAAUUGAUUAUGAGUAUGCAAGUUACAAUCCUGUCACUUAUGACAUAGCAAAUCACUUCUGUGAGAUGGCUGCUGACUAUCAUACAGAAACGCCUCACAUUUUGGACUACAGCAAAUACCCCAGUUUGGAGAAGCGGCAGAGAUUUUUGCGCAUAUAUCUGGCCCAUGCAGGUGAUCAACCUAAUGACCUUGAACUGGAGGUGCUAGUUCAAGAUGUCGAGAAGUAUACCCUUGCAAGCCAUCUUCUCUGGGGCUUAUGGGGAAUAAUAUCAGAACAUGUAAAUGAAAUUGAUUUCAACUACAUGGAAUAUGCUAGGCAGAGGUUUGAACAAUAUUGGUUAAGGAAGCCUGAGCUCUUGGGUUCUUCUGGACCUGCUCCUGACAGUACCACCGGUGAUUUAUUCAAGAAUUCAGGGAAUUCAUGAGCUCAGCAAGGAAGCUAGCUGGUUGGAUGAUUAUAGCAAAUAAAGAGGUUCUUCACUUUUGUUCUUGGGCAUUCAAGUCAGUCUGACCUCUGGAAACUUUUCAAUCUCUGUAUUUACUUCUAAGCAGAACUUCAAUAACAUUUCAAUCAUUUUAUUUUUUCCCCACUACACAUGGUUACAAUAAAGACAUUUUGGCAAUAUUUGGUA